ACUUUAUUCACUACUGUUAUCGCUCAAGAAUGUGUACCUUAUGAAUCUUCAUUUAUUUUUUCAUCUGGGUAUCCAGAAAUUUGGAAAAAGCCCUCAAGUGAAGUUUUUAAUACAGAAGAGUUCAUACAGCUUAACAGUUCUAUUGAUUGGUCAAAAGUACCUAAUAUUGCACCUCGUAAAAUGGUCAAUGGGGUUUUAGAUAAGACUGGUUAUUCUACUAGUGACCCUGAUUGUUGGUGGACAUAUAAUCAGUGCACAAAGCCCAAAGCCCCUGGACUGCAACCCGAUUCAAACAAUCAAAAAGCGACUAUGUUUUUUAUUGGAUCAAAUGUUGCUGAUCUUACCAACGAAGCUCAGCGUGCAUACAAGGAUG